AUGGGCCUCGCAUACAACGUCUACCUGAACGCCAAGAAAAUCUACGGCUGCAAAAACUGCAAAACCCACCUCGCCGACCACGACGAGAUAAUAAGUAGGAAUUUCCGAGGCCAACAUGGCAAAGCCUACCUCUUCAACAGCGUCGUCAAUGUGCAGCAAGGCGAAGCCGGAGAACGCAAUAUGACGACAGGCCGCCACGUCGUGAGAGAUGUGUGGUGUAGACAGUGCAAAGAGAUUGUGGGCUGGAAAUACGAUCGUGCCUAUGAGAGCACGGAGAAGUAUAAGGAAGGGAAAUACAUUCUGGAGCAGGAGUUGCUGUGCUAUGUCAAUUGA